GUGUAUGGUCGAAGGACGCGGGACGCGGCGACGAACAGUGCGUUGCCGACGCUCGAGCCGAGAGCACGCGUCACGUCCGACCCUCGCGUGUGAUGUGCCACGAUUUACGAUACUGAAUGGAAUACGACAACAGUCAACUGAUUUAAGUUUACAAAAACUUAUGCCCAGUGACGCGUUCCAGUUGAACCGACGACGGCGUUGCGAAAAUGCCGUGACUAUUUACAAACUAUAACGAAUUGUUUACUAAUUAAUUAUAUUAAGUGAGUGCUUGUGACAGUGUCGUGUUCAAGUGUAAAUGUUUAUCGGAUAUUUUUAUAUUGAUUUCCUCAUGCCCAGUUUAAGAUAAUUUGAGGCGAUGGAGAGCCGAGUGGGCCUGGACUACAUUGUAGAACAUGCGGAGUACACGGGCAAGCUCGCAGCCGCACUCACAUCGCCGGCCGCGCCUGUUAAGAAACAGGUUUUCGAGUUGUUAUCAGCGUUGUGCGUGUACAAUGCUGAUGGCUACGCAAGAGCGGUGGACACACUUGAGCGGUACAAGUCUCUAAAAAGCGAGAGGUACCGCCUGAGCGUGGUGGUGGAAGAACUGAAGAAUGCUACCACCACAGACUACAAGACUGCGCUGGUGGCGUUCAUCAACUGCCUCAUUAUCUCUGCACCACGCCUGCCUGACAGGAUAAGAGUCAGGAAUGAGUUCAUUGGACUGGGUCUUCUACCAACAUUAAACAACUUAAGACAUGAAGCAGCCAGCCACCCAGACCUGGGCGUCCAACUGGAUGUGUUUGAAGAACAGAGGGAAAGUGAUGAGGCUCAGGGUCCCGGAGGAAUCAACCUCAACUCACACCUGGAUGUGUUCUAUGCUAUUCUCAAGCAGGUGGCGGACACACCACAGGAGAUCCCAUUUCUGAGCAUUCUGCAGCACCUGCUGAGGAUAGACCCGAAGGAGCCAGUGAGCGACAUCGUGUGGGACACGGCUGAGACCCUGGUGCACCGCGCCACCUUGCUGGAGACCAGGGAGGAUGCUGCCAAACUGCUUAGAGCUCCUAGUGUUCAGGCGAAGGUCGGCUGCACCUGUCAGCACCGUGACAUGUCUGGUGGUGGCAGGAAGCAGAGUCUGCAGAGAGCGUUGUCGCCGCCGCCACCACCUCCUCCGCCGGCCAUGAUGCCCAGCACAUGUAUACCACCACCCCCAGCACCAAUGUUGCCCCCACCUCCACCCUGCGGUCCCCCUCCCCCGCCCGUCCCGCCGCCCCCCUCCGCCUGUCCGCCAUCCCCGCCGGCGCCAGUGCUGGACAUCAAGCUGCCGCAGCAGGAGACACCCAUACCGAAGACAAAGAUGAAAACUAUUAACUGGAAUAAAAUUCCUAAUAAUAAGGUCAUCGGUCAAAAUAAUAUCUGGUCACUGGUAGCGUCGGCACACAAACACUCACCGAAAGCAGAAUUAGACUGGACGGAGAUAGAAGGCCUCUUCUGUCAACAGAUACAGCCAACCGGGUCUGCAGGAUCAUCACCCAGGUUAGGCCGAAGUCCCAUCUGUGACAGUUCAGGGGAGAGGAAACCGAGGAAGGAGUCUUCUGAAAUCACUCUCUUGGAUGGCAAGAGGAGUCUCAACGUCAACAUUUUCUUGAAGCAGUUCAGAAGUUCCAACGAGGAUAUAAUCCAGCUGAUCCGCGAAGGAGCUCACGACGACAUCGGUACAGAGAAGUUGCGCGGUCUACUCAAGAUACUGCCCGAAGUAGACGAGUCUGAAAUGCUGAAAGCUUUUACCGGUGACGUCACAAAGUUGGGAACUGCUGAGAAAUUCUUGUUGCAGCUCAUACAGUUACCCAACUACAAAUUGCGUAUUGAAUGCAUGCUUCUGAAAGAAGAAUGGGCUUCAACAUCUGGAUACUUAGAGAGUGCUAUCAACGCCAUUUUGGUUGCUGGAGACGAUUUGAUGUCUUCAAGAGCGUUACAGGAGGUGCUAUACAUAGCAUUGAUAGCGGGUAACUUCCUGAACGCGGGCGGGUACGCAGGCGGCGCCGCGGGCGUCAAGUUGUCUUCUCUGCAGAAGCUGCCUGACAUCAGGGCUAACAAGCCUGGCAUGACGCUCAUGCACUAUGUCGCUAUGCAAGCAGAACGCAAGAACAAAGAACUGAUCCACUUCGCAGACGACACUCGCGUGCUGGAAGAGGCAGCUAAGGCCAGCGUGGAGCAGCUGCACAAUGAGAUCAAGACCCUCGCCAACAGGAUACAGGGCCUGAAGAAGGAAAUACUGCUGCCAAGUACACAGCAGGAUAUUAAAGAGCAGAUGGGAGAUUUCUUGCAGGUGGCCGAACAAGAGGUAUCAGCUCUGAACAAAGAUAUGGAAGAGGUGGAAAGCAUUCGCAAGCAGCUCGCGGAAUUCUUCUGCGAGGACACAGGAUCCUUUAAACUGGAGGAGUGCUUUAAGAUGUUCGUAUGGUUCUGCAGUAAGUUCAGAUCAGCUGUCAGUGACAAUGAGAGGAGGCGCGCCAAUGAGGAGCAGGCGGCCGCCAGGAGGCGCGCCAGAGAUCUCGCCGCCGCUAGGGUUAAGACGGGUACAAGCAGCAUGUGCAGUACACCAGUAUCGGAGUGCGAGUCGCUGAUGGAGUCUCUCCUACUGGACAUCAGGAACGGGCUCGGCCGCCGCUCGCUCAGGAAGCCCCAUGACAACGAGCCGGAGCCUGACGUGACUCCCACAGGCAGCUUACGCCGCAGGAGCCGGGCCAGUCCUGGUGAUGAUGAAGAGGGUCUAUUGGAGUUCCUGCGACACUCUUCACCUGCUGCUAAUGAUCUGAGGGAGAGGAGUGCUUGGGGAAGUCUUGAUCGUUCCUGGUCGCGUCGCGGGGCAGCUCGCGCGCGCCUAGAGCUGCCGGAGCCGAGUCGCGAGCGCGCGCCCUCCCCGCGCGCCUCCCCGCGCGCCUCGCCCGCGCCCAGCACGCCCGAGCCGCAAGCACCCAAGCCCAAGGAGUGGCGGCAGAAGAUCGAGUCGUGGUUGCGCGCCAACAGCCAGGAGGACGCCAAGCCGCGCCGAACCCCCACACGCCUCCACGCGGACAAGCGAUCCUUGGAAAACGACUCCGAGAGCGAGCGAAGCGCCACCCUGGAGCCCCUGCCCGAGGGCCGCGCGGACUGGAGGCCGGCGGUGCUGCCCGACAGCGACGUCGUCAAGGCGCUCGAGACUGUCGAAGAUGUACAACCCCAGAAAAAGGACAGCAGGGUCCCCUGGAGGAAAACGGAGGAGAACGAGGAAGUACGGAGGCUCAGGAGACAGCGCUCGCGACAGCAGAUAGAGUCCCCCCAGUCACCACUCAUAUCCAUCAUGGAAGAACAACGGAAACUGCCAGAUAUAAAGGUGACUAGCGAUCGGGAACAGAAAGUCGUUAGGCAAGAGAGGAUAGAAAAGUCAGAUAGAGUAGAAAUCGAUUCUGACAAUAUAGAAACCCCACCAGCGCAGAGGAAGUUCAUUUCAUCAUUCACUCCUCCACCAGAGAGAGAACCGUGUCGGAAAUUCCAACCUUCCAUCCCUAUCCGGCCUAAUCUUAGCGAUAAAGCUUCUGCAGAAAUGAAAGACCUAUGCCAAGAAAUUUUGGGAGACGGGCAAUUCGACAGGUUCUCUGCCGCUAGAAGAACAAGAAGGUAUAAGAGAAACACAGAUUCUACCAGUUCUCCUGAAGAAGAAAAGAAACCUGAGCCAGCUCCAGAAUUAGUAGCCGAAACUCAGGUCAUAAGACCUUCAAAAUUAGAUGUCCAAGCUUCAUAUAAAGUUGAAACACCUCCAGAAGUGGCGAAACCAAUUGACGCAAAGGAUGAGAAGGAGACCAGGUUAAAACGGUGGCAGGAUAGACUAAAGAACCAAAGCACAGACAAACCGACCAAAGAUACAACAAAGCCAUACCUACGCAUGCGGCGGCAGACUUCUAUCAACCAGGAGGAUGUUCAGAAAGCGAUACGAGAACUCAAGUCUCCUGCUGAUAACCCUACUGGUGUGUGGUCGAGGGAAGGUUACAGAAAAUCUCUCAACACUAGAACAGAAAAGGCUCCAGAAAAGCUUCCAGAAAGAACAACUUCACCAAGGAUAUCGAAAGUGAAAAGUGAGCACGAACUAAACGACGAAGGGUUUGAAGAAACCCAAAGUCUAAAUUCAGAAAGUGCUUCUCAAGGAGCAUCUUCGGGCUGCAACGUUGAAUGCGAGUCACCUGUGCCGAAAAUCUCCAAGUCACCGGUCCCUAAGUUGGGACAACCAAAGAGGAUUCCUACCAAAGAGACAAGGACGCCACCACGGACACCCAUAGACCCCAAGCGCGUGAUCCCUAAACGGGCUAGUUCAUUAAGAGUCGAGAGGUCGACCUCUAGAGCGUCAUUAAGAAGUUCUAGAAGUUCGUUGAACAGUUCUACAUCAGUAUCGACUGUGAAGCGAGUACCACCGGCGCCAGUGAAGCCAGCGCCUAAGCCUGUUCCCAAGCCUGUGUCCAGAAUGCCGGCUUCCAGGUCCUCGUCCAGUGGCAGCUCAGUAGGUACCUCCAGGCCACCGUUGAAGAAUGUUACCGGUAGAACAACGACCUCAGGUUUCAUGAGGCCCACUCAAGCUUCGAAGGGAAAAGUCGGUUUAACCGCCCAACAAGUCCUGAGGGCGAGUGUCAAGUAAUAGUGCUGUCAGUGUCAACUAUAAAUGAACUGUCAGAAACAAUCGUCUGACAGUCCAUUUAUGUGUUCUGGUGCUAAUUUUGAAAAUGUUAAAUUCAAAGACUCAAAGUCUGGACCAAACUUUACCGCGGAAAAACAGUUAAAAAGCGAAAAAAAAAAUCGUUGUAAUUUUAUUAUGUUAUCAUUUAACCAUUUAUGUAGUUUUUACCGCGGUAAUUUAUUUUUAAGUGAGAACCCAGUGCCUUGUUUUCCGAGCAGACUUGUUAAUAUUAAUUUAAAUAAAAUACAAAAAUAUUAAUCUUUUAAUAAACAGGUAAUUAUUGGAAACUUCAGAUGUAAUUAGGCGCUAGAAUCUCAACUGAAAACAUAAUCUGAAGUUUUCAAUGACUGAUUAUUUUAGUAUAAGUCUUAUCAUUAGAUCUGUUUGCAAAGAAAGUUGUCAUACGUAAUAAACCCGUACGUAAUUAUUAUUGUAUUAUUAUGUUUUAUUUAAUUUAAUAAAAAUAUAAAUUCAAUUAAUGUGCCACGAGAUAGUACGGGUAUUUUAUUUAAAUUACCAUUUUUUAUUAAAUAAAUGUAAGGGCAACACCGGGUUUGCAAUUUUUGGAAAUUCGCAAUUGAAAAUAGAAGUCAGUACAGAAACUGUUAAAUAUUGUUCUUUUUAGAUAUUAAAGCAUUUUUUUUAUAUAAAGUUACGCUAUCCUUAGCCAACUUACUCAGUCGCAGUAAGUGAAAAAGAGAUAGCUUUAUGUUCGGCAGCGCGCUUUAUAUUAAUAAAGGGAAGAAUAUUUUAUAGUUUCAUACAAGUUAAUUAAUUGUAAAAUUGAAAGUUUUCACAAAUUGUACCCGAAGCAUGUCAGAUAUCAAAGUCAUUAAUUUUUUUAUUGAAUUAUAUACUAAUAUAAAAUAUUUUAUGAAACUAGAUAAGUAUUAUAGACAUUUUUUAAUUCAAAGACGUACAUAAAAAUGAUCUGAUUUUUAUAAUGAUAUCCAAUAGAUCUUGAUCAAAGGGACACAUUGUCACAAAGUAUAAUAUAAAUAAUUUUAAGGCUUUAACCCAAUAUUUUAUUGUACGUGUUUAUUAACUAAACGAUAUACAAUAAAUUGACAUACCUACGA